AUGGAGCUGUCCCCAAGUGCCCCUUCCCUCGACGGUCUGGCUGAUGAGCUCACACCACUGGGCACGGAACUGUCUUCGGUGUCCAUGGGGUCAGGACAGGGCACCGCAUCUGUCUCUGAGGAGCAGGGCCCAGACGAACGGCAGAGCCCUAAGGCGGCUACAAAACGGAGGAGGAUCGACAGGCCACCAAAGAGAGGGCUGCCACUGUCAAACGUGGUGAAUACAGUUGGAUUUGGUUUGGGUGCUGCGGCCUGUUGGGGUGGUUGGAAAGGAGGCCUCAUGAAGGUUGGAGGGGGUUUUGUUUGGGGCAUAGCACUGGGCUGUGCGGCAGGACUGGAGCUGACAAAGAGAUACAAGAAGAAUAGGCAGGUAAAAUUCUGCAAGCUGGACUUCUUGGGCCGGCCAUUGACUGGGCGGGGGAUCUUCCAUGUGCUGAACCCCAAUGACCCAUUCAUCCCAAACUUGACGUCCAGCGAGCGUGUGGAGUCCAUCAAUCGAGCCCUGAGGCUGAUGUGGCCCUUCUACGAGCCAUGCAUCGUCAAGUUGAUAUUGGAGACGGUCACGCCCCUGUUGGAUGCCUGGAAGCCUUCAUUCAUAAAGCAGAUAAACUUCCAGAAACUGACUUUUGGUGAUGUACCAUUCAGCAUGACGGGAGUUGAGGUGUUGAAGCACGGAAAGGACGAGUUUGUGUUCCAGGCUGCCAUCAGGUGGCAUGGAAGGGCGAACAUUUCGCUCAAAGUCGAGGCUGGGGGCGUCACGAUGCAGCCACGGGUGGAGAGGUUGGAUUUUUUUGCCAACGUGCGCGUCGCUCUGACGCCUCUGGUUGACAAUUUUCCUUGCUUUGGAGCCAUGACGCUGGCCUUCUUGAAGCCACCUAUGGUGAAGUUUGAGAUUUCGGUUGGCACGCCCCUAAUGGAGUUCAACUCUGAUACGGUGAAAGACUUUUUGGAAAAUUUUGUGGUGCAUCACAUCUUUGGGGAUCUCCUUGUGUGGCCCAACAGAAUAGUGGUCCCAAUUCUUCCUGAGUCACAGAGGGGCAACAUUGAUCACCUGUACUUGCACACUCGGGGUGUCAUUCGGGUGGUUGUGAAGGAGGCGGAUGGUAUGGGUGCCUAUGGUGAAGGUGUGGCAUGGAAGGUCUUCCUACAGACAGUUUCUUCAACAUCUCAUUCUACCGAGGCGAAGUCGGGCGAUCGGAUAGUUUGGGGGGAGGAGCAUUACUUGAAGGUGCAAGAGCUCUCACAGAGUCUGAGGGCAACAGUAGUUGAUGAAAGCUACGGCUACAUGGACCCCCUGAUGGCAUCCACAACGAAACAGGUGACUCAGCGUGGGCGAAAGGUGGGGAGCUGCUUUGUUGAGAUCAGGGACCUGGAGGCAGGUGUGGCGAUGGACAAUUGGUAUGAGCUUGGGUCUACAGCGUGUACAUGGGGCUCAGAAUCGGGGAUGGUGACCCCCAGGGACAUGGUUUCGCGCUUGCACCUUGAGCUAACCUACAUGCCUCUGGACUGGCUGAGACGUGGCCGUUUUUGUGCUACGCAACAAUGCGUACAUCAUGGUCUACUGUUCUUCAGGCUACUGCGCGGCUUCAAUCUCCCUACAAGUCUCCAGCAGCCAUACUGUGAGUUGAAGCUGGUCAACACUGUAACAGGCAAAGAGCGGGGAACAAAGAAGUCCAGGUGCAUGAAACAAGUCAACAACUUCUACAUAGAGUGGAACGAGAGCUUUGAGUGGUUCAAUGUCAGUGUCGAUGAAGUGAUGAGCAUAAAGGUGUUUGACAUCGGCAAGUACAAGGUGAGACAGGUGGGGUGCUCCGAGAUCCGGAUGUCAGACGUAGCGGCUGCAAGGGAUCCCACACAUACCGAGAUGCUCAUAGAGACCCUCACGCUUGAGGAGGGCAAGGGGAGGGGUCGAGGUGGAGGAAAGGGGGACCUGGAGGUUGAGCUUGACUGGGUGCCGCUGGACCACAACCCCACCAAGGCCAGCUGCUACAGCUCCAAUUCCGGGCGAAGUGCACGCUCAAGGGAGCUGGGCCACACGCCAUUGAAGCGGGUGACCCUGCCUCGGGGCUGCCUCCAUGUUCGCCUGCUGUGGGCCCACAACCUACAAAACGUGGACUGGAUCGGCAAAAGUGAUCCUUAUGUCGUGAUGAGGGUGAAUGCGAACCAGCGGCAGUCAUCUGUGAUAUACAACGACCUGAACCCCGUAUGGAAGGAGGAGUUCAAGUGGCGCAGUGUGAAGGGCACAGAUGUGUUGGCGUUAGACAUACUAGACAGGGGGACAAUCUCCGACACUGUGAUCGCACGAUGCGACAUCCAAAUCAGUGUGGCAGCCAACCAUCCAGGUGAGGUCAAGAAGCUGACGGAGAUCUUGCUCUCCUCGGACAUGACUAAACAAGCUGGUGGAACGAUCACAGUGCAGAUGCACUUCCAGCCAGUGAGCUCUUCGGGCGACCUUACCGAUAGGAGCGGUCCAGCGUGGCCAGAACUCGCCCCAGACGAGUGGUGA